AUGGCUGCGUACUUUCAUGGGAAUUCGGAACUACAAGGAGGUGGUGAUGGGUUACAAACCCUGAUUCUGAUGAAUCCUGGCUACGUUGGAUACUCUGACACCCAACAGGCGCCGCCGGGUGGCAGCAACUUCGUGUUUCUCAACUCCAACAACUCUGGGAAUUCCCUAAACUUACCCCACGCGCCACCCUCUCAAUCCCAACACUUCGUUGGCAUCCCCCUCCAAGCCACCACUUCCACCACCGUCACCUCAUACCAAGACACUCACCCUCAGCAGGAUCUCUCGGCCCUCAACGGCUUUCUUCCUCGCGGUCAGUACAAUAUGUACAACCCGGCGAUGGACCUCACAGAUGCGCGUGAUAUUACACGCGCUCAACAAGGACUCUCUUUAAGCCUCUCUUCCCAGCAUCCACCGGGGUUCGGGUCUCCAUCCCGACCUCUUGUGACCACCAAGUCAUUGGUUCGUGGUGACGACAUUAGGGUUUCCGGGGAAUCACCUUCCUCGGCUUCUGGGGUUUCCAACAGUGUGACUGGUAUGCAAAAUGUCCUUACGAGUUCUAAGUAUUUGAAGGCAGCACAGGAACUUCUAGAAGAAGUAGUCAAUGUUGGCAAAGAAGUUAAGAGUGCUACAGAAUCAGGGAAGUCGACCUUCGGACAAGCCAAGAGUGCUGUCGGAGAAUCCUCAGCCACUGCAAAUAGUAUCGGAGAAACCAGUGGAAAACACGUUGCUGAACUCACUACAGCUGAAAGACAGGAAAUUCAGAUGAAGAAAGCAAAGCUCAUCAACAUGCUCGAUGAGGUGGAGCAGAGGUACAGACAAUACCACCACCAGAUGCAGGUUGUAAUAUCUAUGUUCGAGCAAGCAGCAGGAAUGGGUUCAGCAAAAACGUACACUGCUCUGGCUUUACAGACAAUCUCAAAGCAAUUCCGGUGCCUAAAAGAUGCUAUAUUAGGCCAAAUUCGUUCAGCGAGCAAGAGCCUAGGUGAAGAAGAGAAUUUGGGAGGAAAAAUUGAGGGUUCCAGACUCAAAUAUGUCGAUAAUCAGAUUCGACAGCAAAAAGCUCUACAGCAAUUGGGAAUGAUCCAUCACAAUGCUUGGAGACCCCAGAGAGGAUUGCCUGAGCGAUCUGUUUCAGUUCUUCGUGCCUGGCUCUUUGAACACUUCCUGCACCCUUAUCCCAAGGAUUCAGAUAAGCUCAUGCUUGCUAAACAGACAGGGCUUACUAGGAGUCAGGUAUCUAAUUGGUUUAUCAAUGCUCGAGUUCGACUCUGGAAACCGAUGGUUGAGGAGAUGUACACGGAAGAGAUGAAAGAACACGAAAAAAAUGGGUCAGAGGAGAAGACGAGCAAAGGUGGAAAGAAUGAAGAAUCAACAUCAAAAUCUAAAGUUGCUCCACAAGAGAAUUGUCCUGGAAACGAAAAUCAGAACAAGAAUUUCAUUGCAAAAGAGGAUAACCCAAUUAACCAGUCAAUUUCAACUAGUUCCACGUCUCCAACUGAUGAAACUUUCAGGAAUAAUCAGUCAGGUUUCAACUUAAUCGGUACAUCAGAAAUCGAAAGCAUUACUCGAGGAAGUAGAAAGAAACCACGCAGCAGCGUUGUUCCAUCAGCAAACAUGGAUUCAAAUUCGACUGAAGCAAACAAUGAUCAAAUGGCAAUGAAAUUCAUCAAUGAGGGACAGAGCAGAGAUGGAUUCACAUUAAUGGGUGCACCAACGAACUUAAUAGGAGGAUUCGGUUUGUAUCCAAUGGGGGAAAUCGGAAGGUUCGGGACAGAACAAUUCCAGGCUCCAUACUCAGGAAAUGGUACGGUCUCUCUGACUUUAGGCCUUCCACACUGCGAAAACCUCUCCGGCACACACCAAACUUUCCUUCCAAACCAUAGCAUAAGAGGAGUCGAAAUCCAACAAACAAACGAGUUCAAUGGUACGAAUACUCCAACAUCUGCUCACUCGACUAGCAUUUUCGGAAACAUCAACACUCAGGACCGCAAGAGGUUUGCGGAACAAUUGUUUCCAGACUUUGUGACCUGA